AUGUCUUCUUCACCCGAGACCAAGGGCUUCGACCCAAAAGCCAGAGAAGCAGAAUAUCAAGCCCUCUGGCAAACCUGCGAUCGCGCCACACGAAGGAGCGACUACAUAUAUGCCGAUAGGGAGACAAAGCGUGACAUCUUGCGCACCGCUUGCUGCGAUCGUCUUCAGAGGAGACGUGCUCAAGGCAAAAUUAUGUGCAAGACCAGUGUGACCAGCAUGGUCGAUCUACAUCUUCAACGCGAAGCCACUCGCCUCCGCUAUCGUCCAUCUCGCACGAUGCAGGCUACUGAUUCUACCCCGAACUUAGUUCCUUUCCUUGCCGACUCCCAGCAUUACAAUGCCAAUCCUUUGGCCUUCAAUCCCGUUCAGAAUCAAGGUCAAAACCCCUAUGUGGCUGUCCCACAGCAUCUGCCUCAAGUUCCGAUGGCCCCCACUGGUUCGAACAUGCCGACGUAUACCGAGAGCCAUGCCAUCCGCUCUUUGAGUGACCAAGUGAUCGCUCAGGGAGAGCUCAUUCACAAACUAGUCAAUACCCUCCGCGACUACCACGGACGGAUCGUAACACUCGAGGCUCAAAUACAGCAGAUGAGCCAGGAGCGCAGAACUGCAGCUUUCGCCCAGCCUGUCCAUCCCAUUCAUCAUGCCAUGCAAUAUCCGAUGGAAGGUCUCAACAGUGGUGGCCCGAACUUCGCCAUGGAAGAACAGGCGAUGCCUGCGGGUCAGAUCCAGGAGGGCGAUGGGGAUGAAGAUGGUCAAGAGGGAGGCGCGCCAUUGUUAGAACCGUAA